CUGCAUCAGCGAAAGCACCGUCGUUACGUUACGUAGUGCAAGGACAUACUCAGGGGGAGUGACAUUUGUUAAAGUUACCUGGAUUACGUAGCCUCUUGCUGUCUCAUCCGUCCUGCUGCUGCUGUAAUUCUGUGGUUAAAAACAAAACCCUCGAGGCGAAUGUGAGCAGCUUUCCGUUCGUGGAAGGAACAGAGCAGGAGAUUCAGCUUCAGGACAGCUGGCAGCUCUUUGGGCCCCCUGCUUUGCAGUGGGCUCUGGUGAUGUUCAGCUGGUGACCCCUGACUCGAUGGCUGUGAGCAGAGGAGGGGUGGCCCUCUGGAUGGGUUGUCUUUGCAGCCAGAGCAGAAGGAGGCCGGUUCAAAGAUGGAGCCGAAGUCUCAGCCAGGUCUUCCACUGGCAGUGGAUGUGUCAGCCGUGUCCACUAAGCAGUGCAGCUUGGGCUCUGCCCCCCCCCAACAGCCUGAGGUAUCAGAAGCCAAGGCAACCGCUGCUGCACCACCCGCUUCACCACCCGCUGCACCACGCCAGCCAGCAGAGAGACCGGUGCUACGAGGAGGACUGGGAGGAGUCUCACAGCGUGUGUGUGCUUGUGCCACAGGAGAGACUGAACAGUCUGCACACACUGCUGAAACUACCUGCCUUCAGUCACAUUCAGCCUGAAGAUGUGGUUACUUUGGAGAAUCCCGGCAGAGAUGCAGCGUUUUCCUUUCAAUUGACCACUGUGGACGGCAGCAGGGAGGACGACAUCAGCAUUGACAAUGUCCAGAUGGCAGGAACAGACGUUAUUCAGAGAGACUUUAGCUGCUUCACAAACCUGCUGGAAAGAGAGGAUUGUCUGGUGCCAUUUAUGUAUGGCUCCCAGUUUUAUUGUUUUUGUUGUCCAAGCACACACCUGGGUGUUGGUGGAUUGAUGAAAUCCUGCCAGAACCAUGGACUGAACAUGACGGAGCUGCUCCUGCUGCCACUGUCCUCUGUGUGUCUGUGCAACCCGCUGGGCCCUGGAGAGGUGCUGGGGGACAGAGACAGUGAGGAAGAGGAGAAACUGGGCCUGAUGUAUGAAAGGCUCAGGCUAGAGCUUCCAAAUUUCUUUAUGACAAACCACGACUACACCAUGUACUCAAAUGAUGUGGAAUUUAUCAAUGGCUUGCUAAACAUGAAGACCAGAGGUCUUAUGGGGUACCGACUCACACUGACCCUGUGGCGCUUCCUGUCCCUGUGCUACUACACUGAGGCUCGGCUGGAUGUGCUGAAGCUCACCAAGCACAUGGAGGAUGGGACCAUCAAGGCUCGCUGGAGGAUCAAGGGCCUUCCCUUUCAUUCUGGUCUGCUGCGCUUCUACCGGAAAGACAAAUCCCACCUCUACAGGUCAUAUGAUGCAUUUUCAACUUUUUACAUUGGACACGAUGGACUCAUUCAUUGUCACAAAGUUGAAAAGGUGAUGCCGGCGCAGCCCCCCGUCCUUCCCAGAGUAACGUCCCUCCUAGCGGGGGCUCUAGUGGCACUGGGAGUGCAAGAACAUAGACCUGCUCUCAACCUUCUCCCCCCCAUCCUUUCCUCAUUGCGACAGAGCAAAAAUUGACUAGAAAAAUAAGUCAGUGAAAUGAAUGUUUGAUCCUGAACAUGUCCAUUCACCCUCACCUCUAUAUUGCAGCUUAAAAUGAAACUACAAACAGAUGUUUGAUUCUUGCUGCCUCUGUGUUAGAUAAACAGUCAUAGCUUCUCUCUGCGUCAUCUGUUUCAGUCCAGCUGUCCACUUAAACCCUUCCUUAGUUUUUGGGUUCAGACAUCACAGGGUUGUCAGUUACUACUCUGCUGCCAAAUAUUGUUCUACCAGAAAAGCUGCCGUUCUUUCACAACUAUUAAAAGCAUCAGAUUUUAAAGAUUUCUGUAUUUGAAGCUUAGGAAUAAAUGUUUACAUGUUAAAGAUUAGCUAAGCAGCUUCAGAACAAAUUUUCUACUUGCCAUGAGUGUAGAGUAAUAAAAGAAUGUUGAAUAUUCUCCACUAACUGACGUCCAAAAGAAUAUUAUUCAGUAAACCCUCCCCAUUUUAGAUGAGUUCUCUUUUGUUUGCAAAUAUCUUCAAAGUGAUUAUUUUGUCCCUUUUUAAAAGUUGCUCUUUAUCAUUUAAGUAAUCAAAACAUCAAGUUAGCAUUAUCGGUAAGAAAAAGUAAUCAAAUAUAAAUGGAUACAUUUUGAACUUUGUGGUUGAAAUUGCUGCCACCAGCUUUGUGUUCCUAUCACUGCUUGGAAAGAAUUUUUUUUCUUAUGACAACAAAAAUCGUCACUGCUAGAGUCUUUGUUUACCUUUCUGACUUUCAAUUGGCUCUCUAGAAGUUAUGGAAAUUUAGAAUAGCAGAUUUCUGAACAUCAAGCUCUGGCCUUAGAAGAAGUCACAUGUUUGGAGAGCACUGUUUUAUUUACUAAAUAAUCUCAUAUUUCCUAAUCUGUCUGCAGUCCAUGGGGAUGGACCUGUCCUCACAUUCUGUCUGGAUUGUUUCAGUGAGCACAGCAACUUGGUGGCAAAUUUCUAAUAGCUAUCAGAAAACACAUAUUUUGUGUGAAGUAUUUUUAGCUAAUUAUUUAACAAAUGGCAUCUUCACCGCAUUCAGCCUAUGAGCUGGUACAACAGCAGUCCAAAUAUGAGUUGAAGUUAUGUGGAAAUAAAAUUUUGAUAUGGAUUAGUGCUGUGGCAAAGACAGCCCCAGUUUCCAAGCCUUCACUGCUGUCGAUAAAAGUGAUAUCUUAAUAAAUACAUUUAACAAUGCACAUAUCUUUACAAUAUAAAUUAUUUUGUGCUUCAACUGUAAAAGCAGUUUGUGGGUUAAAAGAUGUAUUCCUUCGCUUCAUUUUACCUACAUUAAAAGUACACAAAUAAAUAAAAUGCACUCAUAAAUGUUCAAUUCUUUGAAGCUUCCUGUUGACUGGUUGGUUCUUAACAUUACUUAAAAAGAACUUAUUUGACAGUCUUUAGACAAACAUAGGAGUUGGUCUAUUUAUUAUUGUUUUUUGCGACAGCUGUGGGUCAUCAGUAACCUGCUGUAUUAAACAAAUUUUCAGGUCCAAAUGUGUUCAGCUCUGCAUGUUCUAGAGUAAACUCUAGUGUGAUUCCUGACUGGAAGAAUAAACUUGCUUGAUUAACACGA